CUCUCUCAGUCUUAGAGCAGUGUGAGGAGGAUGCAAACUGAACAGCCUCAGGCUGCUUCCUCAUGACAUCACAUGGUUGCAGAAUGACUUCUCUAACAUUCACCUCUGACGGGAGAGCAAGUGCGGUCACUGAUCUGUUGAGAGAGGAACUGAGGCUUGGGCGUGAGUAAUUUUGCGCAAGGAGUCUGCAGCCAGUUAUCAGCCCUCAUCAUCAUCGGCGGGCGGAUGCUACCUCUUUGUGUUGCCAUGGCAAUGCGGAGCGCCUCAGUGCACAGCGUACAGGGCCAGUGAGGAGGCCCCUGCAGUACAUGCUGCUUUCCUUAAAGCGGUAUUUAAAAAAAACCAAAAAAACAAAACAAAACAAUAAAAACAGUGUCAGAAAUGGAGGAGGAGAGCAGGAUCAAUGGAUUCGGACCGAACCGAGGGAGGAGGAGCUCAGAAUGGGGUCGCAUCACCCUGCUGGACAAGACCAAGGAGUUCUUCCAGACCUGCGACGUGGAGGGAAAAGGCUUCAUUACCCGCACCGAUAUGAGGAGGCUCCACAGAGAGCUGCCUCUGUCUGCAGAGGAGCUGGAGGACGUGUUUGACUCUCUGGACACUGAGCGCAGCGGGUACCUCACUCUGGAGGCGUUCUCCUCCGGAUUCGGUCAGUUCCUGCAUGGCCGAAGGAUUUCUGCCCCCGAUGACCACAGCCAGACCUCCAGCCCCACACUGAGAGCCAAGGAAGCUCUGUAUCAGAGCCAGUGGGAGGCCAAGCUGUCGGCCGCUGAGGACGAGGAGGAGCGGCACUUCACCAUGCUGCUGGAAAGCCUGGGAGCCAGCAACGUGUUCGAGGAUCCGGGUGAGGUGCGCAGUCUUUGGGCGCAGCUACGGCGAGAUGAGCCUCACCUCCUCUUCAACUUUGAGGAGUUCCUGGCCAGGGUCACGAACCAAAUCAUAGAGGCCCACCAGGAGAAGAAGGAGAUGGAGAGCGCCCUCCAGAGGAAGGCGGCAACACACGACAGCGAGAUCCGACAUCUGUACGAAGAGAUGGAGGCACAGAUCAAAAAUGAGAAAGACAGGAUUAUUCUCAAGGACUCUGAGCGACUUCAGCUACGCAGCCAGGACCUGGAACACCAGCUCAUUUCAAAGGAGAAAGAGCUGGAGCAGAUUUUCCACAAACAGAAAAGGUUAGAGGUCCAGUGCCACGAGCUGAGCAGCGAGAAGCAGGAGAGCCACGUGGAGAACGUCAAGCUGAAGAUGACCAACGACGAGCUGUCCCGCGCGCUGCAGACCACCAACCAGGACCUGGCGCUGGCCCAGGAUCAGCUGGCCGCGCUGCAGGAGCAGGCCGCCCGGCUGCAGCAGGACAAAGAGAUGGAAAUGUACAGAGUCACUGAAGGCCUGCAGAGAGAAAAACAAAGUCUCAUGAAGCAGCUUGACCUCCUCAGAGAGAUGAACAAACAUUUAAAGGACGAGCGAGACAUACGCUGCGGUGUCCCUCGUACGUCACUCAGAAAGAAGCAGAAACAGAGAGCGGGCCUCGCCAACAUAUUCGACGACACCAGCCAACCGCCAAAAAGAGCCUCACUAUUGGUGGACAGGUCCUUUCAGUCUCUGGAGGCCUUGCCUAUAGAGCACCUUCAAAUCGUGUUUGUUGCUUCCUCCUCCUGUAGUGAGGACGAUGCCACCUCCGUCACUACCUCCACCUCCACCGUUUGUGCACCUGCACGUCAACAACAACGGCCCCCGGCGAGAAAGAACCCGGGCUUAGCCAACGGUUACAUCAACCCUGCUCUCCCGAAAGUGCACGACGUGAAGACAAAAGCCAAAAAGGCGCCCAGCAAGAUGCCGUCUUCCAAGAGGUUGAUGAGGAAAGACAGAGAGAGGGAGAAGAAGGCAGGGGUAGAGGAGGAGGUGUUGGACUCCCCUCUCGAUGGGUGGCCCCUCCGCCGGGUCAUCUCCAUCGAGGAGGACCACCUUCCCCAUCUGCUCCACUUUGGGCCGCAGCCCUUACUGCACCAGCUCAGCGAAGAGGAGGAUGAGGACGAGGACGACGAGGAGGGAGAAGGACCGCGAUCACAGAGUGACAUUGACUCCAGUGUUCCCAUGACGAUAGACCUUUUAUCCGCCCCAACUGCAAGUCCCAUUCAAGUGUCCGCAGAAGCUGCGCCGGUGAGGAGAUCGCGCCUCCCUCAGGCGAAAAGGAUGCCCUUGUCCCCGAGAGGACAGCCUGUCGGGAAGGAGACGCAGCAAAAGACAAAAGAGUCGGCGCUGUUUGCCCCGGAUCGCUUGUUCAAGGUCGUCCUGGUUGGCAACUCCAGCGUCGGCAAGACGUCGCUGCUGCGCUCCUUCUGUGAGGGAUGUUUCCUCCCUUCCACCACUGCUACUGUGGGUAUUGAUUACAGUGUGAAGACGUUAACCCUGGACAAUAUGCAGGUGGCCAUGCAGCUGUGGGACACGGCAGGUCAAGAGAGGUAUCGCAGCAUCACCAAGCAGUUCUUUCGCAAGGCGGACGGCGUGGUCGUGCUGUACGACGUCACAGUGGAGGAAAGUUUCAGGGCAGUGAGACCGUGGCUCACCAACGUCCAGGACGCUGCAGGUGUCGGGAUCCCCGUCCUCCUCCUGGGCAACAAAAUGGACAUGGAUGAAGACAGGGAGGUGUCAUAUAAAGAAGCAGAGCAACUGGCUUACGAAAACAGGGUGAUGUUCUUUGAGGUCAGCGCCUACACGGGCAACAAUGUGACCGAGUCCCUGACUCACCUGGCCAGAGUGUUAAUGGAGCAGGAGGACAGAGUGAGAGACACCACAGUAAUCCUCAGUGCUCAGCCCAUAAAGAAGAAAGCCUGUUGCAAGUGAAGGUACAUUGACCAGGAAGGACAAAACUAAAAUGCAGCUCUUUUUAAAGACAAUAAAAUCAGUAUGGGACUUGUGGAAAAUCGAUGAUUCUCAUAUUCUCAUGAAGUACAAAACACUCACGGUGAGCUUGUUAGCUGUGACAAUA